UUUCUCCCAGGAGCUGCGAAGCUGAAGAAAACGGAACGUGAACGCAGCUCAAUCUAAUUUCUCCACUUCUUCACAUGAUGAACUUUAUUUCUUAUUUAACUUCGCAGCGUCACGUGUAACUUCUGUCGCUUUUUAUACUUGUGAGUUUUUCCCGCGGUGAGAGUUUAAAAUGCCCUCUGAGGUGAAGCAGAGGAGAAAGACCCCGAAGCAAAGUGAUGAAGAGUCAGAAACAGCGAAAGCAGCGAACAGCAAAGAUGAAGAAAAGGAGAAAAGCCCGAAGGUGAAGACGGAGCCUGGAAACACGAACACGUCUCCGGGUGUGGACGUGAGGAGUAUCAUGUGCGUGUUGUGCGUGGCUGCGUGCGGAGCUCUGAGCUGGAUGGUGCUGCAGCAGAAUCAGAGGUUUUCACUCAUGGAGGAAAAGUACAAAUCUCUUCAGGGGAAAACUUCCAGCCUGUUCAACAUGGAGGAAGAAGUCCUGAGAGUUUCCCAGAAGCUUGCCGCCUCUGAGGAUGACCUACAGGAGGCGCUCUCCACCGUCUCCCUGGCAACAAGACUCCAGCAGGACAUCUCCGACCUCCACGCUGCUGUCACGGCGAUGCAGGCCGACGAAAACUCUGCCUCCCGUGACCUGCAGGCGGUCAACGCCCGAUUCCUCAACGUGACGGAGACGUGGCAGGAGCGUCUGGCGGCCGUCACCUCUGACCUGACUUCGCUCAAGGUCGAGUCGAGGGAGGCUCACGCCGGAUCCACCGAUCGGGUGAACGAGGCCGAGCGGAGGGGCCGGUCGCUGGCAAAGAGGCUGGAGGAGCUGGAGGACAGCACGAGGAGGAACGCCCGAGCUCUGGAGCGCACAGAGGUGGACGACGCCAAGCGAGCGCAGGACCAGCUGGACUGGAACACCAAGCAGAUCCACAAGCUGGAGGAGCAGAUCAGCAGCCUGAGCAAGAGGGAGGCCGAACUCAACACUCAGCUGCAGGAGCACAUCCCCCGGGCGCAGGAGUGCGAGCAGCACCUGCCGAAGGUGGAGGAGGCGGUGCGCUCCAUCCUGAGGCUGGGGGGCGACCUGAGCGGGGCGGAGAGGCGUCUGGAGGAGGUGACGUUACAGGUGUUCGGGACCGAGGACAGCAUGCUGAAAGCGCUGAACGAAAUCUUGGAGAUACGUCAGGAGCUGGACACACUGCAGGCUCAAAACAGCAUCCUGAAGAUGAAGAACGAGCUGUCCGUGGUUAAAGAGGCAGUCCGUGAACUCACCAUGGUGCUGAGGGAGAACAGGGGUGACGGAGAGAUAGACACUGUGGCAGAGGAGGAGGAGGAGGAAUGGAAGGACAACGAGGAGGAGGAGGAGGAGUGGGAAAAAUAUGAGGAGGGUGAAAUAAAUCAACCUCUUCCUGAUGCCAUCACUGAAUGACGUCACGGUUUUCAUGUAGCCAGGGAAAAGGAGCGGCUCUGUUUUAUUAUCUGUGUUAAUGUUUGAUACCACUGCACUGUAGUGUCACACAAUCAAUAGUAUGUUUUAGUGGCUCAGUUAAUGUAGAUUAAUGCUUUUAGAUUUCCCCAGCAGUUAUUUAUUAUUCUUCAGUUAUUUGCACUGUCUCUAGUUGCAGCUCUUUAAUGGCAGAUUUGCUGUUUUUCUUUUUUAUUCCAUUAUAAACUGAAUAUCUUUAGUAUUUAGAGUGUUUGUGAAGAAACAGGCAACUUGAUGACAUUAUUAUCUCGUGGAUUUGGACAUUUGUUGGACUAAAUCAUUCAUCAGUCUGUGUAAUGAACUUUAAUAUUUAGAUUUUAGUUUCACAUUUUAAAACAAUCACGGUUUAAUUUAAUAAAAUAAUUUUUUUGUACUGUG